AUGUCUUCUCUCGAAUCUCCCGUCGGCACCGUGCCUGAAGCACAGCAGUGUGAAAGUUGCGAGAUCUGUCAGCACUUCGCGAGCCUUAUCUUCGCUUGGUCGUGGGCACAUACGAUCGCAUUUUACACCGUCAUUUCAUGUUUCCAUUUACUUGCCUUUAUUCUCGCCGAAAUUCUCUAUAUCUUCCUCGGACCCUAUGUCAGACGCGUCGUGAACUACUUGUACGGGCUAUCAACCAACCGCACGAACACCACGGCAAGGGAGUACUCUUGCAUUGUCCCCGCACCCGUUAAUCGCCCUCAUAAGCUCCGCGUUAUCCAAGCAAAUGGGCAGAACAAACAGUCGAGUCAAAAGCGAUCAAAGGACGAUGUCGAUGCCACGUUUUACCUCUAUACGGAUGACUUUAAGCGUGGUUGGGCACGCAACGAGAUCACCUUGAAAGCCGUUAUUUACGUCGGGGACAAAGAAUCAGGUGGUAAAGAGUGCGUCUAG